CGUAACUGAAAAACGCCAUAAAGAGAAUGAAAAUGAAUGAGUUCUCUCUCUCCCAUGUAUAAAUUUGUCGACAGAUUCUCUUUUUUCUUGCAUCUCAUCGUUUCCAAUUUCCAAUUUCCAAUUUCCAUCCCUGUUGUGUUCCUCUCUUUGACUUCCCCAAAACACACGUAUUACGUAUAUACAUAUACUAUUCCCUGUUGUAGAACUUGCUAGAACGUUCAUCGGAGAUGGCCUCGCCGCUGGAAGAGCAGCGAAACCGAGAGGAUUCGCCGGAGACCAAAGAAAUGUUACAUAAGACGAAACUAAUUCAAUUUUUGGGGAGGAAUACUCCGAUUAUCCUUCAAAACGAUAAUGGACCUUGCCCUCUCCUCGCUAUCUGUAAUGUUCUAUUGUUGAGAAACAAUAUGAAUCUGAGCUCAGAUGUAGGUGAAGUGUCACAGGAGAAAUUGCUUUCACUAGUGGCAGAGAGGUUAAUUGAUUCAAACAGCAAUGUUAAUAAUAAAGAUGCAGGGUAUGUUGAAAAUCAGCAACAAAACAUAGCUGAUGCCAUUGAUUUACUUCCCAGAUUAACAACUGGCAUUGAUGUGAACUUAAAAUUCACAAGAAUUGAUGAUUUUGAGUUCACAAGAGAGUGUGCGAUAUUUGAUUUAUUAGACAUCCCACUUUACCAUGGUUGGAUUGUUGAUCCACAGGAUUUUGAUACUGCUAGUGCGAUUGGGUUAAAGUCCUACAAUACAAUAAUGGGGGAACUCGUUGCCCUUGAAACUCAAAAUGUGGCAAAUGACAUAAAUAACCCUGAAGAAGAUUGUGUUGAUUUUGUAGCUGCAACAACAGCCAGUUUAGGUGUCCCUUCACCAUCCCUUUCCAGAGUUAAAUCUUUUGAUGAUUCUCCCCAUUCUGUUUCUGAUGAGAAAAAGGAAAGAAAAGGUGAUCUUCAAGAGGAAGAAGAGCUAUUAAAAGCUUUGCAGCUAUCAGUGACCAACAGUCCAACUACGAUUGAGAGUAAAACUGAUUCCGAUCUCAAAACUCCGGAAUCAGUGAUUCCAGAGAAAGUACAUACUGGUGCUGAACAUGAAAAUGAAAAAGCCUUGAAGCUAUCCGAGACUGAAAGUCUAACUACAGCUGUGAAUGACAUUGAUUCCGAUCCCAAAAAGCUGGAAUCAGUGAUUCCGGAGGAAUUACAUACCGGUGAAAACAAUGAGCCUUGUAUACAAAAACCUUCUACAGAUAAUGAUAACAAUGGAAUGAACAAAUCCAAUGAUGAUUUAACUUUUGAAACAGUUCCAUGUCAAGAAGCUUGUUCUUCUUCACAAGGGGAUAAUGAUAAAAUCCAUAAUACUGGAGAUCAAAAAAUACAUGAUGAAUCAGUAAAGGGCAAUGAUGUAAAUGUAGAAGGAAACGCUGAAAGUGUUGGUGGGACAUUGGAUGAUAUGUCAUCAUGCUUAUCUGCACCUAUUCCAGGUGAGGAACAUAUACAGGAGACGAGUACCACUGCAAAUUAUGAAAAUGGAGAGCCAAUGUAUGAAGGUGAGGUGGUUUUAGCAGAACAAGUGGACAAGGGCAAAGAUGGAAUUACUCCAAAACAAGGGGAACUGAUCAGGAAUUUUCUCAAGAAUAGUGCUAGUCAGUUGACUAUAUAUGGGUUGUUUUCAUUGCAAGAAGGUCUAAAAGAACGUGAACUUUGUGUGUUUUUCAGGAAUAACCACUUCAACACAAUGUUUAAGUUUGAGGGUGAACUAUAUCUUUUAGCUACGGAUCAAGGGUAUAUUAGUCAACCUGAUUUGGUAUGGGAAAAGCUUAAUGAGGUGAAUGGAGAUUCGGUGUUUAUGACUGGUAAUUUUAAGGAAUUCAAUGCUGAAAGUCAGGAAUCCCACUCGUGGGAUGAACAGAAUGCAUUGGCUAAUACAGCUGACUAUCUUGCAAGCAUUGACAAUUCACCACAAGAGAACACGGGCUUUAACUCUGAUCUGCAAUUGGCUAUAGCUCUUCAGCAACAAGAAUUUGAGCAACAGCAACAACAACAACAGCCACCAUCACCACAACCACCACGCAAUGACACAGCUGGAGAGUCUGGGUUUAUUACAGGUCCCCAGCAUGUGCAGCCAUCAAGGCCAAAGAGUUCAUCUUCAUCUUCAUCAUCGAAGCAGGAAUCGAAGUCAUCAAAGGAGAAGUGCACUGUGAUGUGAUGUGAAGAAUUGUAAUUUCAACGUGGUUUUAAGUUUUAACAUUUCCAAACAUUCAAAGUGUG